CAGCAGAAGCCCCACUAAUGCUACAGGCCGCUGCUCUGCCCCCUCAGCCUGCGUGGUCAUCCUGCAACUGUUGGUCCUGCUCACAGCUGACAGCAGCAGCCUGAGGACAGACACCAACACGCCGAGGGAAACUGCACGUCUCUCACCGUGAAUCAUCUGAGGAUCACAAUGGACUCUUCUCUCAUUUCCAUACAGGGUCAUUUCAUAAUGAGCCUCACAGAAAAACCCUGCAUACCCAGCUAGCAAUAGAUUUAAUCAAUUUUCCACUACUAGUAGAAUAACAUUGAGAAUACUCAUGGAUACAACUACUCUAGCAACGUUGGCUGCUGCCACCACUGUAGCUCUGGUCUCCCGGUCAGACAUGUCGGACUACCUUUGGCUGUUGGUGGUCGGAUUCAUCAUCGCCUUCAUCCUGGCGUUUUCGGUGGGAGCCAAUGACGUCGCCAACUCCUUCGGCACGGCGGUGGGCUCCGGAGUGGUCACCCUGCGGCAGGCCUGCAUCCUGGCCACCAUCUUUGAGACGGUGGGCUCGGUGCUGUUGGGGGCAAAGGUCAGCGAGACCAUCCGUCAGGGGAUCAUCGAUGUGCGCAUGUACAACGGCUCAGAGCACGUGCUCAUGGCGGGAUCAAUAAGUGCCAUGUGUGGCUCUGCCGUGUGGCAGCUGACUGCUUCGUUCCUGAAGCUCCCCAUCUCUGGAACCCACUGCAUUGUUGGGGCCACAAUUGGCUUUUCAAUGGUAGCGAGAGGCCCCAAGGGGGUCAAAUGGAUGGAACUACUUCGCAUUGUGGCAUCAUGGUUCCUGUCGCCUGUUCUGUCGGGAAUCAUGUCGGCAAUUCUCUUUUAUUUCGUCCGCAAAUUCAUCUUGAAUAAGUCUAACCCUGUACCCAAUGGACUGAGAGCCCUUCCUGUCUUCUAUGGCAUCACUAUGGGCAUCAACCUCUUCUCCAUCAUGUUCACCGGAGCUCCACUGCUUGGCUUUGACAGGAUGCCCUGGUGGGGCACUCUGUGCAUUUCUCUGGGCUGUGCCAUCACCACCGCUCUGGUUGUUUGGUUUGUUGUCUGUCCACGCCUCAAGAAGAAAAUUGAACGUGAAACAGCUCCUGCUCCCUAUGAGACUCCAUUAAUGGAGAAGAACUCGAGCAAACCUCCAGCAGAACAACCUCAAAUCCUGUCUGACCUCCAUCUGCAGAACCCUCCGGUAGAAACCCAGAAGGUGGCCUUUAAACUGGGAGGCUCAGAGGAGACUGAUCUAAACAGCGACAUAGAAUCCAAAGAUCUUGACAUCUCUAACGUUCUGAAUGGCUCUGUAGGCCACAUGACGAUCACCGAUCCCCACAGUGGACGCUCCCAUACCAUCCACAAGGACUCUGGCCUUUACAAAGACCUGCUGCACAAGCUCCACAAAGCCAAGGUUGGGGACUGCAUCGGUGACAGUGACACAGAGGAGCGACCCAUGCGGAGGAACAACAGCUACACAUCCUACACCAUGGCUAUAUACGGUAUCCACGGCGAUCCUAAAUACAGAGACGUGGACACCGGCUUUCAGAGGAGACCUCGGGUGGACAGCUACAGCAGCUACAACUCAGCAGUGACCACUGGAAGCACCGUCCCGGACGGGAGCGCGACGCAGGAAGCCGACGCAAGCGUUGCUGAGGCGGAAGACGAGCUGGAGAUCGACCAACCUGCAGUUUCUUUGCUUUUCCAGUUUUUGCAAAUACUAACUGCAUGUUUCGGCUCCUUUGCUCAUGGGGGAAAUGACGUCAGCAAUGCUAUUGGCCCACUGGUAGCCCUGUGGCUUCUCUAUGAGAGCGGGUCUGUGGUGUCGAAUGCUCCCACUCCCAUCUGGUUGCUCCUAUACGGCGGAGUAGGAAUCUGUGCUGGUCUCUGGGUUUGGGGUCGGAGGGUGAUCCAGACCAUGGGUAAAGACCUGACCCCCAUUACACCCUCAAGUGGAUUCAGUAUCGAGCUGGCUUCAGCUGCCACGGUCGUUGUAGCAUCUAAUAUUGGUCUUCCUGUCAGCACGACACAUUGCAAGGUGGGAUCUGUGGUGGCCGUCGGGUGGCUGCGCUCCAGGAAAUCAGUUGACUGGCGUCUGUUCAGGAACAUCUUCAUCGCCUGGUUUGUCACAGUUCCCAUCUCUGGGCUCAUCAGCGCUGCCAUUAUGGCUCUCUUUGUAUAUGUUAUUCUGUAAAACCCCCAUCUUGAAGCACUGUUAGCUUCCCGCUCUCUACUUUCACCAGUUUCUUAAAAAAUAUGCUUUCACUAUGUUACCUGCUAAUGAUUGAUUUAUCAUUUAGCGUAAUUUUAUCUCCAUCCAUCAUGUUUUCAAGAAUGACAUGGAGUUUUAGUAACACUGCUCAGCUGUCCAAAAGACUGCGAUCAUGUACAGUAUAUUCCUCUGUAUAUUUGUAUAAAAAUUACGUGUAUAAUCCAAAUCAGUUUUCUGAAGAUUAAGAGUAUGCAGUAGCCAAUAGCUUGAAUGGAAAUUUAAUUAUUGAACAUAUUUGAAUGGAAAGAGUUGUUUCAUGAGAAGUGAUUUCAGAGUAUGUAUGAAAAGAAAAUAUUCACUUCACAUUGUUCUGUGGGGGGAAAAAUACUCUGAGCUUAAAUUUCAAAUUAUAAAAAUAAUAGAACAAAAUUAACAGGUUUGCUUAGUUUGUGUUUGUUAUAAUAUCUAUGUAUAUGUAUACAUAUUUGUUCUGCACUCAUACACAUUUAAUAAUAUUUCAAAUAAAAGUACAACGUGAAUUACAAUUCAGAUGAAUUGUAAUUUCUUUUUAAUUUCACCACAAGGUGGUGCUAUUUCUGCAAAGGCCUGCAGAUAAACAGUUCAAGCUCAGUCAGAUUGCAUCGAAAACAUAAUGUGAACAUUACUUCACAUGUGUAUAGUCUAUUUGUUUCAUUGAUAUUUGAUAGAUUUUUAAAAUGUUUUUCCAAUGUUGUUGUAUGAUUAUCUCUGUGUUUGUUUGGGUUUUGUUUUUUUUUUCUUUAGUAUUUUUCCCCCUAUCCUGCUGCAUGGAAAAAAAAUCCCAAAGGGGACAAUAAUAUAGUGACACCGAGACUUGUAUGAAUCAGUCAAACAUGUGUACAUUGGAACAAUAAUUGUGAACGAUUAAAUUCUAUUUAUUUUUAGUGUGUAGCACCAGUUCUCAACAGAUCUCAACUCACGACAUUUCACAAGGUAAACAGGUCCAAACUGGGAGAUGAGAACAGAAAGCAAACAGGAAAUCAGACAGAAUCAUUAGUGCAGGCACAAGUUUGAAUGCAGAAAGUUUACAUAUAAGCAAAUUACUCAUGGUGCAUUGUUAUUGAAAGGUAUUUUUAAUAAAACCACUUUCCUGCUGUU